UGUAUGUUCAAGUGUUCAACAUUUCUUGCAUCAGUUAAUGCCCUCCAGAUCUCAACGUAUAUAUAUAUAUAUAUAUAUUUCUUUUAUUAUAUGAGUAUGUUGCGCUCAACUUCAUGGCGUAAUCUUUUUAUUUGUUCCCGCUCGUGACGAUUUUGCCCUACGAACCAAGCUUUAAACAAGCCUCCUUGUCAAUCGGCAUAAUCAUCUUCAUCAUCGUCAUCAUCUCAAUAAGACACUCCUCCUUUUGCUCUUUGCUGGCUUUCUCUAGCGUCACGUGCCAGUUCAGCCAGUGACAUCACUAGUCCUUUUUUGUUUAGAGUGUGCUUGUGUAAGCGUCGGGCAGCUCCAACCCCAGACCAAUCCGACGAACGAAGACAACGACGAACGGCGACGACGACAACGACUGCGAGCCUCUAGCCGUGAGAGCAUUCACUACAAAGACUUAUUGAACCUUUACACAUCUCACUAUCUUUUUGAACAAGCGGGCUGUCGUUCUCUUACCGGUAUACCUAGUGGUCAUCCUCCCCUUGGCUGCCUGAACCAGGCACGAAACGCCCUCUCAUCACUCUUUCGUCGCACCUCCACACAUACACACUUACAUCACCAUGAAGAUAAAUAAAGAAGCUCCUUAUCUUCCACUUCUACUACUAUUUCCGACCCUCUCAUACGGAGUAACGUUAGACUGUGACCGUAUCGUUGUUGACAGCAAAUCAUGGAACCUACGUUCUUUGGCCGGUCCGCACUCGGUCUACAACGUGGUUGAACACCCUCCAACCACUAUCAAUACUACAUAUACCGUAAACUUAUGCCAACCGCUGAAAGAAACAGAGUGCCCGUCAGGGACAAUGAUCUGCGGAGUGCAACGAUCGUCGAAUGACAACAAAGUGUUAGGUGCUAUUCCAAUCGCGGGUAUUUACGUCCAGAAUUCUGGCAGAAACCUCGAUCCUAAGGUUACGCGGCUUAAGUCCAGCGAUUCCCAACAUGAAGGGCUCCGGGUCGAGCUCCACGGCGGGAAAUAUCCCUUUAACGGCAAGGAUUAUAAACAACAAGCCGUUAUAGAAAUGACGUGUGAUCUCGAGCGCACCGGCUUAGAAGGCGAUUGGUCUGGCAAGAGAACUAAAAGGGCUGACGAAGAUGGAUCCGACGGAGAUAAAAAAGACGAUAAAGCAGGCGACACCAAAAAGGGUGACGAGAAAAGUCUUCAGUUUAAGAGCUACGGACUGGUUGAUAAUGUGUUCGUCUUGAGAUUGGAUUGGUUGACGAAGUAUGCCUGUGAAGACUUCGAGGACGGUGGAAACGAGAAGAAUAAUCACUGGGGACUUUUCACCUGGUUGAUUGUGAUUGUCUUCCUCUGCACCGCUGCGUAUCUUAUCUUCGGCUCCUGGUUGAACUACAACCGAUACGGCGCGCGUGGCUGGGAUCUCCUUCCACAUGGCGACACCAUUCGUGAUAUCCCUUAUAUUUUGAAGGAUUGGGGCCGGAAAGUGGUUACCACCGUACAAGGCCCUGGACCGCGGGGCGGCUACAGUGCCGUCUAAUUACCUGAAUGAGCAAUGGAGUUUUUGCUUUUGGCUUCGUCUUUUGUUAUUUUCUUUCUUUAUUUUCAUUUUUGUUUUCAUUUGGCGGAUUGUUUGAACGCUAUUUUGAGUUACUGGGCUGUGGAUGAUGGAUGAUCCAUUUCCCUCAUCGUUCCCUGCAUUCUUACUCCUCUUUUUUUUUUAUCUCCUACGCAUGCCGUUCGUAUCUGUUAUAGGUUAUUGUUGAACUCUUUGACUAUAUUCUCUGUUCUGACUACGUGGAAACAUGAACUACCACUGCACUGUCUUAUGAAUUCCUUGCUUGACUGUUGCUUACUGCGUACUCCUUUUAUUUUUUUGUUUUUAAACGGCUUGCCCUUUGUGAGUGUUUGGCAAGGUUUAUUCACAACGACAUGGAAGCACCCCGGUCUGGAAUCGAUUCCCCAUGAUCAACCUACCUAUACCUGAGUAUGUCUCUAGGGCUCAUACCUGGCAUAUCCGGGACUCUUUGAUCACUGUUCUUCGAACGUCUUUCUACAUUACCCAGCCUCCCUCUCACCACCGCCCUGACCACCACUGACCACACACCAUAUUUUAUCCCUUAACUCGGCAGUGCUCUUUUUUCCGUGCCUCCUCUCCGCUAAACGCAUUCACACAUCUUAGGAACUAGAAAGGUUUCAGUUGCCGCAUUGGCGGUUUUUUGGUUCUCUUUUGUUCAUAUCUAUCUUUUCAUUUAUGUCCUUGGCCCCUUUGGCCAGCUGCGUUCCUUGGCAGUCUAGUUGUCUCGUGUUGUCGGGCGAGUGACGGUUUAUCCGGAGUUCGGGAUUUCUAUAGUUACCUUAUAUAUAUAUAAAAAGACUUGUUUUCAUAGCCUGAGACACAUAUAUGUGAAUGGGAGAUUCUCAAUUGUUAUAUUUUUUUUUCUUCCUCCUUGAUCCUAUACCCUGUACAUAGCUCCGCGCGCAAAGUAAUCUAUAUACUGCAAUCCCCAUAGCUUCUGCAGCUAGAAGGGGUUCAAUUGAAAUAUCGUGAAACAUAACUAACUGUACCUACGCACUAUGAUUUAC